AUGCCAGAGGGCACGGAUGUGGCCGUGGCAGGGGCGGGUUCAGAGGUGGCCGUGGGGGCCACUCAGUGCUACUCCAGGACCAUGGAGGCAGACAAGCCUCUGCUGGACGCUAUUCUAGUCCCAAAACAGAUUGUUGUGUGUAAAUUUGAAGCUCACACUUCUAACACUGACCCGGUUUCACAAGCAGACUUACAUGAGCUCCAGUGGAGACCUGAUCAGACUGAGAAGGAUGUGUGGAAAAAGAGUGGUGGUCUUUUCAAAGAUGGGGUACGCUUCGACGUCACAACGUAUUUGAUGGGAUUGUUCUUGAUUGAUGGGAUGGCCUCACCUUGGAUGAGCAGAUUGUACUGGGCAUCCUCAUCCCAUCAGCAUCGACUGCUGAGAGAAUUUCUGAAAGAAAUGGAGGCAGAUGCAAAUGACCUACUACUCCACAACAACGUGAGAUGGCUAAGCAAAGGGAAUGCACUGGGAUGCUUCUGGUCCAUCCAAAAGGAAAUAGCUGCUUUCUUACAGCAGCUCAAGAGACAAAAAGCAACACAGUUUGCAAACUUUUUGCAAGAUAACAACAAGAUGGAUGUGGUGGCUUUUUUGGUGGACAUCACAGGACACCUUAAUAAGCUCAAUUUAAAGCUGCAGGGUCAGAAAAAUUCUGUCUGUGAUAUGAUGAAAACUGUCCACUCCUUCCAGAUGAAGCUGGACAUUUUCAAAGAAGAUCUCCAAGGAGAGUGUGAGCACUUCCCACAAAUGCAGGAACAAAUUCAGGGUAAGAGAGACAUUUCCCCUUAUGUCAGCUUCAUAGACAAGCUGAUUGGAAACUUCUGUCAUCGAUUUGACAGCUUCAACCUUGGACACCAGCUCCUCCUGCUAAUCAAGAAUCCAUUCCUUAUCAGAGAAAUCAGAGGAUUUUCAAAGGAGGUGACACAGACCUUCAAGUGGGCACAUCCUGGAUCUUUACAGUUAGAGCUCACUGAUCUGCAAGCAGAUGUUGCUCUGAGAGAGCAUUUUGAAACAACUGACUCUGCUACUUUCUGGUUACAGAUUGUGCCUGAAACCAUUUUCCCUGGUCUAACCAAAGUAGCACUACACACCUUAACCAUGUUUGGAUCAACUUACAGCUGUGAGACAGCUUUCUCUACGAUGAACAUUAUUAAAACAAAGUAA